AUGUCCUCUGCGUGGCCAGGGCUCCUGCAGAGAGGCCUGUCCCGGCCAACCAGCUGGACAUGCAACCAUUGCCGAGACAAAGGACCCACUCCAGACUGCCGGCCAGAGAGCCAGAGCUGCGGCGGCCGCGGCGGCGGGGGCGUCCGGGCGGUGUGUGCGCGCGUGUUGGGGCGCAGGCUCGGCGGCGGCGGCGGCUCAGCCUGCGGCGGCGGCGGCCCGUCUGGAGCGGCCGCGGUGAGGAAGCCAGCUGCAGCGGGGGAGGCGCAGCCGGGACUGCGCGCUCCGCGGAGCCGGCGGGCACCGGGAACAGCGCAGCUGCAGCCGCCCCCGCCACGGCUGGUCGCGAACGGCUCUGCGCUCCGGACCCGGCUCAGGCAUCCCUCCGCUCCCGGGUCCCGUCUGAAGCCCCCCCACCCUGCCCCGCCUGGCUCGGAAGUGCCUGACCACCACCACCCCCAGCUCCCCGGCGCCCGACCGGCGAAGCAAAGUUGUGGACGUGUCCCGAUAGCCAAAGCCCCGGCGCUGUCGCGACCCGGCCGCUCCAGCGCGCUCUCGGAGCGCCACUGA